AUGUGGAUCAUCUGCUACGGUCCAACGCCCCAGCAGAGACAUGCCGAGAGAACAAGAACAAUAACGACCCCCAGGACUAUUCUCCUGACUGUGGACGUACGGGAGAGACAGAGCCUGACCUUCCACCCGAACCUGGCCCACCACAGGAAGCCCAGGAGGAGCGGAGAUAUCCUAUUCGACAGCGAAGGGCACCUCAAAGGCUUGACCUGUGUUCCUCAAGGUUCUGUUUUAGGACCACUAUUGUUUUCACUAUAUAUUUUACCUCUUGGGGAUGUUAUUCGAAAACAUAAUGUAAACUUUCACUGCUAUGCGGAUGACACACAGCUGUACAUUUCAAUGAAACAUGGUGAAGCCCCAAAAUUGCCCUCGCUAGAAGCAUGUGUUUCAGACAUAAGGAAGUGGAUGGCUGCAAACUUUCUACUAUUAAACUCGGACAAAACAGAGAUGCUUGUUCUAGGUCCCAAGAAACAAAGAGAUCUUCUGUUGAAUCUGACAAUUAAUCUUAAUGGUUGUACAGUCGUCUCAAAUAAAACUGUGAAGGACCUCGGCGUUACUCUGGACCCUGAUCUCUCUUUUGAAGAACAUAUCAAGACCAUUUCGAGGACAGCUUUUUUCCAUCUACGUAACAUUGCAAAAAUCAGAAACUUUCUGUCCAAAAAUGAUGCAGAAAAAUUAAUCCAUGCUUUUGUCACUUCUAGGUUAGACUACUGCAAUGCUCUAUUUUCCGGCUACCCGGAUAAAGCACUAAAUAAACUUCAGUUAGUGCUAAAUACGGCUGCUAGAAUCCUGACUAGAACCAAAAAAUUUGAUCAUAUUACUCCAGUGCUAGCCUCUCUACACUGGCUUCCUGUCAAAGCAAGGGCUGAUUUCAAGGUUUUACUGCUAACCUACAAAGCAUUACAUGGGCUUGCUCCUACCUACCUCUCUGAUUUGGUCCUGCCGUACAUACCUACACGUACGCUACGGUCACAAGACGCAGGCCUCCUAAUUGUCCCUAGAAUUUCUAAGCAAACAGCUGGAGGCAGGGCUUUCUCCUAUAGAGCUCCAUUUUUAUGGAACGGUCUGCCUACCCAUGUCAGAGACGCAAACUCGGUCUCAACCUUUAAGUCUUUACUGAAGACUCAUCUCUUCAGUGGGUCAUAUGAUUGAGUGUAGUCUGGCCCAGGAGUGGGAAGGUGAACGGAAAGGCUCUGGAGCAACGAACUGCCCUUGCUGUCUCUGCCUGGCCGGUUCCCCUCUUUCCACUGGGAUUCUCUGCCUCUAACCCUGUUACGGGGGCUGAGUCACUGGCUUGCUGGGGCUCUCUCGUGCCGUC